GGACCCCCCUCCUCCCCCUUCCGGCUGGUCCGAGGACCUGUCAAUCACGGCGCGAGCUCGGCCCCGUCCGUACACCCUCGCGCGGAGAACGGAAAGCUGCGCUCGAGCCCCCUUGGCUGCGCGGCGCGUGGAAGCGGACUUCCUUCAGAAGACUGCUCAUAAUAAUUUUAAUAUUACUAGCACGGGGACGGGACAGGAAGAUAAAACAAUAAGGACAUACUAAGCAGCUCCCGGAUAGUAGUGCAGGAAAAGACACGGACGGAGGCGCGAGAAGCAGCGGGGGGGGGAAAAAGACCAACUAAGUGUGUGCGUGUGUGUGUGUUUUUACUUGGGGAAAAAAGUGCGCGGAGCAGAAGGAACGAGACGUGUGUGUGUGUGAGGGGAGGAAAAACCGAGAAGAAAAGAGGGAGGAAACAGAAGGAAACGGGAGAAAAAGCGAGGAGCUCAAGCAGCAACUCAGGGGGAGGAAGCCGUAGCCGGGCUGAGCAGACUAGUCACUAAGUCUGUGGCCGGAGGAGACGCGCCGGCAGCCGGAGGAGUGUGUUCCGCACAGCGGUGUCGCCGGUGACCCCUUCGUGCUGCUGCUGCUGCUGCUGCUGCUGCUGAUAUUAUAAUCGGCAUCGGGAUGAGGAGGAUGGUGUGUGUGGCGCUGCUCACUGUGGCUCUGGCGGCUGCGCUGUCCACCGACACGAUACUUGUGUCAGCACAGACAUCAACCCCAGGAUAUGACUUGUACCUGGAUGACCAGCAGUCAGGGGACUACCCUGUUGACGAUGAUGACUUCAACUCUGGGUCGGGUUCAGGUGCUGGUGAGGUGUCAGAAGAAACUGUGAAAAUCACAGCAAAAGCAGCGCUCCCUCCGCCUAAAGCCAUACCCACCCAGGACUCAACGAAAGAGUUAACACCCAGAGUGGAGACUUUCACAUCCAAGGAGAGCCCCAAGAAACCUGUUCGGACAGAGCCCCCAGUCCCAGCCACAGAUGAUCCGAGGAGCAGGAGCAAGGGGACUAGCACGACUAGUUCACCACGGUCCGCAGUAGAGCCGUUUGAAGUGCGCUCCGAGAACCUCUUUCAGCGGACAGAAGUACUGGCCGCGGUUAUCGCCGGUGGGGUUAUUGGCUUCCUCUUUGCCAUUUUCCUCAUCCUCCUGUUGGUGUACCGCAUGAGAAAGAAGGACGAAGGCAGCUAUGACCUAGGGGAGCGCAAGCCCUCUGGCACGGCCUACCAGAAGGCCCCUACCAAGGAGUUUUAUGCAUGAAUGGCAGCAGUGACCGGAAAAGUAAUUACACACAAGAGACCGACAUCCUGGUAUCAUUGACGGUAACGAACUUGUUCAGAUGAGUUAAAAUAAAACCAUUGGGGAAAAUACUACAUAAAAGGAAAACUAUUACAUAGAGUAAUGUUAUAAAGACCUUUUUUCUUUCUUUUUUAAUGCAAAGCCAAUCCAGGCUGAUUUUAAUUAAAUUCUAGUGUAUUUAAAGGUUUUGUGCAUAACAAAAGGCCGAGGGAGAUACAACACACAAUUUGUAAAACUGGUAAAACUGAUUGCAUCUUUGAAAGAAGCUGUUUCAGUUACUGACUACUUUUCAACUGUAGCAGUAUGUAUUUGUAAAGAAGUUUAAAGUGGAUAUAAUUGAAUAUAAUUGUCCUGUAUCCUGUUUUUCUCAUUUUGUCACAGCAUGUCUGAUCUUAAAGUUGUAUUUCAUUAAUUUAUAUUUUCGGAUGUUAAAAUUGCUUUUCUGUAGUUUUCAUGAAGCUACUAUGUCUUCAUAUUAACUCAGAUAAUGGAAAAUACAAUUUUUUUCAUCCCCUUCAGGUAAUGUUUAUUUUGCCAUUUAUUUCAUAGUAAGCUAAAAAAAGGUGAAAGUUUUGCUAUUAAUUUCUUCAUCUUUUUAUUUUAAUGUAGUUUUAGAUUACUCAAAAAUGCAGCAUUCUCUCAGAGGUAAUUGGUAUUGAAGAUUAGACACAGUGCAAGUGUUGUUUUGAGGAGCCUCAUGGAUCAUGUCUUGAUUUAUUAGUGAUAACGAAUCAAUUUGUUGUCCCUCUAGUGCGCAUUGCUGUUCUGCAGCCUGUUCAGUGUGCAAAUCUGCAGUCUUUGUUGUUCUGAUGCUGGCCAGGAAGGGUUUUUCCGCUCUGGGUACUUUCACUGAACCUGACUAAGCAUUCACCAGUCAACCUGUCAGUGCUCUUAAUUUUCUUGUUCCUGUAAGAGUUGCCAACCCAAAACUGUAUUCUUGCUCUCUCAGUGUUGAUGGUUUGACCUUUUCUCUAUGCAGGUUGGGAAAUGUCUCUCAGCUCUGUUCUUUGUGAAUGCUGGACAAAUGCUGUACAGAGUGUGCUAUGGUCACUUGGGGUGGAUUUGUCUCCCAGAAGCAGUGAUCAGGUUUGAUGGUGGGGAGGGGUCUUUCAGCAGGACUUGUUUUUUCUCAAAAAACCCAUACCUCUAACAGAAGCUCAAAUGCUGAGAUGAGGGCAUGCUCUUCUGCCAUUCUGUGCAACCUAUUCCACUGAGACCACAGUUUGAGAACACAAUGUUCACUAGAGGAACAAAGUCUUCACUUCCAGGCCAUACUGUCAGAAAUCCUCCUUGACCCAGUACACCCCUGGAAGCUAGAUGCAGUAUUGUAAGUAGAACAGCUUGCACAUGUUUAAUUUUUUUCUGGAAGUUCAGAGCAGCUCAGACAGUAAUAAGCCUUGUGAUAUUGAGAGAACCAGGUGACCUCGCACCACCGAGCAUCACGGAGCUGUUGUGGCUCUUGCCUCUUUGUGCUCAGCCCACAGCUGCAGCCCUUUCAAGAUUUCAGGAAGAAAAGAAGUACCGAGAAGCAGAACCAAACCCAAAGACUUACAGUAUUCUUGCCAUUGCUGCAUAUUUCGUUGGCCACAUUUUUACACUUUUUCUUUCAUUUUGUCCAUUAGUCUUAUUUUUAUUAGAGACCUGACCGUUGAGUCCAACUGCUUAAUAGUAUAUGGGAAAUAAUGUAUAACUAUAUAUUCACAAAUGUUUUAAGCCUUUAAAGUGCCUACCAUUCUGAAAUGUGCUUGUUCCUAUUGGGGUUGAAAAAGAUAUGUGUAACAGAAUGGUGAAACGACUGGUGUUCUAAAAGCACAGGUGACUGUAAUGGUGACUUUUUUUUAGUCUUAAGGAGGCAGACAAUAUUGUACCUAUAAUUUCAACACACUACUGAAUAAACAUUGUGGCCUAAUAUUGACA